AUUUAUUCAGUUGAUGAUGAUGAGAAAUCUCUGUCCAGUCUGGAGAUUAUUGUGCCACGUGAUUUAGCAGAUGGAUUUGUCAAUAAUAAACGGGAGAGCUACAAGUUCAAAUUUCAAAAAAUUUUUGAUCAAGAGGCAAAACAAGAUGUGGUUUUUGACAGCAUUGCCAAACCAGUAGCAGAAUGUGUUUUGGCAGGAUACAAUGGUACUAUCUUUGCAUAUGGUCAGACAGGUAGUGGCAAAACUUUUACCAUCACAGGAGGAGCAGAACAUUACAAUGAUCGAGGCAUCAUUCCCAGGACUCUAUCUUAUAUUUUUGAUCAAUUGCAGAAGGAUAGCAGUAAAGUGUACACAACUCACGUUUCCUACUUGGAAAUCUACAAUGAAUGUGGUUAUGAUCUGCUGGACCCAAGACAUGAGGCCUCUAGAUUGGAAGAUUUGCCAAAAGUGACAAUAAUGGAAGACCCUGAUCAGAACAUUCAUCUGAAAAACUUGUCUCUUCAGCAAGCAACCAAUGAAGAGGAAGCCUUAAACUUACUCUUCUUUGGAGACACCAACAGAAUGAUUGCUGAGACACCAAUGAAUCAAGCCUCAACCCGAUCUCACUGCAUUUUCACUAUUCACAUCUCCAGCAAGGAACCUGGAUCUGCAACUAUUCGACGCUCCAAGUUACAUUUAGUAGAUCUCGCUGGUUCAGAGCGUGUUGCAAAGACUGGAGUUGGAGGCCACUUAUUGACAGAAGCCAAGUAUAUCAACCUGUCAUUACAUUAUUUGGAACAGGUAAUAAUUGCCCUUGCAGAGAAAAACCGAUCCCACAUUCCUUACCGAAACUCUAUGAUGACCUCAGUGCUAAGAGACAGUCUGGGGGGAAACUGCAUGACUACCAUGAUAGCAACGCUCUCUAUAGACAAAAGAAACAUAGAUGAAUCUAUAUCAACCUGCAGAUUUGCACAGCGAGUUGCUCUUAUUAAGAAUGAAGCAGUUCUUAAUGAAGAAAUUGACCCCAGAUUGAUGAUUGUCCAGCUGAAAAAGGAGAUCCAGGAGUUGAAGGAUGAGCUGGCACUGGUGACUGGCAAGCAAAGAACGUCAGAGCUUUCACAAGAAGAGCUACUUCAGUUGGAUGAGUUAAUUGAAAUAUUUCUUAAAGAUAAUGACCCUGAUAGCACUCUGGAUGUUGAUGCUGACAUGCGCAAGAUCAAGUAUUGCUUCAUUCACAUGAAGCAACUAAUGAACCAUUCAAAGAAUUCUGAUCAAAAACUGCUCUCAUCACACAUCUCUGAAGAAAAAGACACUAACAAAGAAGCAGGAGAAGAACUGGAAAAAAUGAAAAAACUUCUGCAGCAAAGAGACAAUGAAAUCAAUAUUCUGGUAAAUAUGCUAAAACAUGAAAAAAAGAAAGCACAAGAUGCUCUUUUCCAGCUUAAUGCUGCCUCUGCUGGUUCUACAGUCUUGGAGCGGUCUCUUUCUGUAAACUUGGAAGAAAAUCGGAGCCCAUCUAGUUGCUUUAGUCUUAAAGAAGCAAAAGAUUUCAGCUCUUCAGUUCACAGACUACCUUUUCUUCCCAGAAAAACAGGUUAG